AUGGAUCUCCCCCUGGAUCCUCAAUUGACUACACCGGAUCUUUUGGUGGCAAAAGAGCUACUCAGGCAAAAUAAUCGCCCUCAGGAGCACAGCAACAGCAAAGACGCCAUCAAGAAGCUGAAGGCUCUGAACGAUGUCACAGACCCAGGCUUUGAUCCAACGGUCUUUCAAUUCUGGGAGACAAACCUCCUCCGGCGGAAGCUGCCUCGUUCCAUCCGACAGUACCUUUUGGAGCCAUAUAUCCGCUGGGCUCAAGGGGUCGCACGUUUUCCAGCCGAUGUUGUGAUGAUCACACAUCUUCUACUUUACUUGACAACCUCGGUUCCCAGUGCGCUAUAUCUCUUCUACAACUUUACCUGGAUCCAUGGCCUCCUUCACUGGAUAGUGCACGUCUGGUAUGCUGGCAGCUAUACACUCAUGAAACAUCAAUAUGUCCAUAUGAAAGGCGUCUUGGCUCCUAAAUAUCGUUUGAUCGACACGCUCUUUCCAUAUGUUGUCGAUCCCUUCGUGGGCCACACAUGGAAUUCGUACUAUUAUCACCAUGUGAAGAUGCACCAUGUUGAAGGCAACGGACCCCGAGAUCUCAACUCAACCAUGUGGUAUGAUCGAGACUCGAUCGUCGACUUUGCGCGUUAUGUUGGUCGCUUUUUCUUUCUCAUUUGGCUGGAUCUUCCUCUGUAUUUCUUAGGGAAGGGGCAAUACUCCACUGCCUUCAGGACUGCUUUCUGGGAAUUCAGCAAUUACAUCGCCAUUGCUUUCUUGUAUAAGCAUUGCCAUGCGCAGGCCACAUUUUGCGUCUUUGUUUUACCACUCCUGACACUUCGUGCGGGACUGAUGGCUGGAAAUUGGGGCCAGCACGCAUUUGUGGAUCCCAGCGAUCCAUCAUCCGAUUUCCGAUCUAGUGUGACCUUGAUCGAUGUAGCUAGUAAUCGAUUCUGCUUCAACGACGGAUACCACACCUCUCACCAUCUCCAUCCUCGUCGCCAUUGGAGGGAACAUCCACUAGCGCUCCUGCGGGACCAAGAACGCUAUUCGGACGAACGGGCGCUGGUCUUUCGAAAUGUGGAUUACAUGAUGCUGACCGUGAAAUUGCUACAAAAGGACUAUUUGCACCUGGCCAGGUGCAUGGUCCCUAUUGGUCCGGAACAAAGAAAGAUGAGCCUAGAACAGCGAGCAGAUAUGUUACGGAGCCGGACCCGACGCUUGCCCAAUGCGUACUUGGAGAAACACAGUUUGAAAAAGCGAUGA